CGCACAUCCAACAAACUUAAGAAGUUAUGUUCUGACGUGGUGGUGUUGCUGAAUGUGUAGGAGGACAGUGCUUCCCCUGGCUUCUCCACGAUGCUGUAUACUUUAGCGGGAGGGGGCACGCUUUGCGGUGUGGCUGCCCUUGUGCUUCUCAUUGUUUCUACGGCAACAGACUUCUGGAUGCAGUAUCGAUACUCGGGUAGCUCAGCCAAUCAGGGGCUUUGGAGGUUCUGCAUUAACCACAAAUGCCAUGCCCACACCAUAACUGUAGCCUUCUGGGAUGCCACACGGGCCUUUAUGUUGCUCGCGGUGCUGAGCUGCUUCGCCGGCGUGGUGCUCGGCCUGAGCGCCUUCACUAAUGGCACCAAGAACAGGAGGGUCCGUACAGGCGGCAUCGCCCUGGUCCUGUCAGGUUUUCUUGCUCUGCUUGCUUUGGCGAUUUAUACUGGAGUGACUGUCACUUUCUUUGGCAAACGAUUCUUGGACUGGCGCUUUUCCUGGUCCUACAUCAUCGGCUGGGUGGCCAUCAUUUUGGCUUUUGCAGCAGGUGUGUUUCAGCUCUGUGCUUACCAGCGGACCACGGCAGAACCUGCUCCUUCAAAUAACCCGGACAGCUAAACAAGAUGAGCAUGC